UCAAAGUUGAAAGCAGCAUGGCGUCCCUCACUAUGUUUUUGUGUCGCUCGGUCAGAAACGUUGUCCGUCCUGGACUGUCUCUCCGUACCAGCGCCACACAAUGUGGCUCUGCCGUGUUUACGCAGGGGAGACGGCACCAGAGCACGGCUCCUGAAGAGGAGCUGCAAGUGCAGUACUUGGAGGGCGACAGCCAAGGUGUGGUUGUCUUUGGUUUGAACCGACCUGAGGCAAAGAAUGCCUUCAGCAGGAAUCUGGCUGGUUUGCUUAAAGAAGCACUGCAGGCUGUAAAGUUUGACCAGAAUGCCCGUGUGCUCAUCAUCAGGAGCCUUGCACCAGGAAUCUUCUGUGCAGGUGCUGACUUGAAGGAGAGAGCCAAGAUGAAGCCGAGUGAGGUUGGGCCGUUUGUCGCAGGGCUGAGGGCAGCACUAAGGGAGAUAGCUAACCUGCCCAUGCCUGUGAUUGCUGCCCUUGAUGGCGUAGCUCUUGGAGGGGGCAUGGAGAUGGCACUGGGCUGUGACAUGAGGGUAGCAGCGGUGUCUGCCAAGAUGGGACUGACAGAGACCAAGCUGGCCAUCAUCCCUGGUGGAGGAGGGACCCAGAACCUCCCAAGGCUCAUCGGGCCAGCCAAAGCCAAGGAGCUCAUCUUCACAGGCAGAGCCAUCGAUGGACAGGAGGCAUACGACAUCGGGCUGGUCAACCAUGUGGUGCCGCAGAACAGCAACGGGGAUGCAGCCUUCCAGAGGUCUCUGCUAUUGGCCCAGGAAAUUGUGCCACAGGGUCCAGUAGCACUGAGGGUGGCAAAAAUUGCCAUCAACAGGGGAUCCCAGGUGGACCUGGACACAGGGAUGGCCAUAGAGGAGGCUUGCUAUGCCCAGGUCAUACCUACAAAAGACAGAAUGGAAGGUCUGAUGGCAUUCAAAGAGAAGAGGCCACCCCGUUACAAAGGAGAAUGAGCAAGAGCAUCUUUGUGUGCGGGCAGACGACAACAGUAGUUCAUUACCUAUCAUGUACUGUAAUGACAGUGAAAGUAUCCUAUCCAUUGUAACAUUUAUUGCUGUCCUGUUUGAUAUUCAUGCAGUCAUAAGACAAACUGUAAGGUGGUAUAAGGAAAUGUAAAAAGAAUAACAUUCUCCAUACUUUCCCACUCAAGAAGCUUUAGCACUCUGUCUAACAGAACUCUUUCAUUGUAGAUGUUUUGUGCUUCUGUAUUGAGUAAAUUUUAGUAUACCUGAUACAGCAUUUGGGCAUCAGUAACCUGUAUAGUAUGUAGGCUGAUACAUGGAUAUCAACUUUACCAAGGAUCUGAACAAUCAAGAAGUCAAUUGUGUACAACAACUGAAAGGUUAACAAUUGAGUUACUGCUAGCUGUUAAGAGAGUGUAUGGUUUGAUUAACUGCUUUUGUACUGUAAGAUAACCUGUGUGAUUAAAUUGACAAUAGCGGAAAUAUAAGAGACACAUCAUACCAUUGGGAAAGUAUUAUUAGAAGGAUACUAGUAUAUCAGAGGAUGGAGAAAAUCUAGUCAAAAUUUAUAUCUCAACGUUGAAGCCAGAACAAAUUUUCAAGUGUGCCACUGUUUUCUGUACAUCCUGCUUUUCAUUACACUGGGAUUUCCUGUGGUGACAAGUGAAUCCAUAAAUGUAACCCUGUACAGGGUGGAAUUGUAUUCAGAUUAAAAUACUUCCAAAUGCAA